AUGACUGUUCCUUCUGCUUCUCUCUCGCUUAUCGUCGUCGUCUUCUUCUUCUGCUUCCUGUUUCCACUCUUCUCCAUCUCCGACGCCAUUGUUCCCGCUGCAGACACCUUCCGGUAUGUCAACAGUGGCGAUUUCGGACUAUUAGAGACUGAAUACAACCCAACCUACCGCUUUCUUCCUCCAUUCACCACCCCUUUCCAGCUCUGUUUCUACAACACCACCCCCAACGCCUACACACUUAGUCUACGCAUGGGUACCAGACGUGAUGGAUCCAUCAUGCCCUGGGUCUGGGAAGCCAACCGAGGCAAACCCGUUCGUGAAAAUGCCACUUUCUCCUUUGGGUCCGAUGGAAACCUUGUCUUGGCCGACGCAGACGGCCGGAUUGUAUGGCAGACCAACACCGCCAAUAAGGGUGUCGUAGGUUUCGCCAUACUCUCAAAUGGUAACAUGGUGCUUCGUGACGCAAAGGGUAGUUUCAUCUGGCAAAGCUUUGAUUCCCCAACCGAUACCCUCUUGCUCGGCCAAAGUCUCCAGAUCGGAGGUCCUAAUAAGCUCGUGAGCAGGGCAUCCACGACGGAAAACGUUAACGGGGUGUACAGUUUCGUAUUAGAGCCCAAAAGAAUGGCUUUGUAUUACAAGACCAUGCUUUACUGGUCCUCCACCUUCACCGAAGUGAAUAAAGCCAAUGGGAAUUUGGUUAAGGCAACGUUGCAAAUCGUGGAAACUGAAUACGACGAUGACUAUUUUCAUUCACUCAGGUGUCAUCUAUCUAACUCUAAUGAAGUAUCUGACCUUAAUCUUGACAUCAUCAGAUACAACAGCAACUUAUCGUAUCUCCGAUUGGGCGUCGAUGGGAAUCUAAGACUCUACACUUAUCGUGCCAAUGUCCGUGGAAACGCAUGGAGCCUGUUAUUCACUUUGUUCAAGAGAGGGGUGGCCGAGAGGCGUUCCAUGGAAGGCGAGUGCCAGUUACCGGAAAGAUGUGGGAAGUUUGGUCUUUGUGAGGAUAGCCAGUGUGUGGCKUGCCCAACACCAAAUGGGCUAAGUGGGUGGAGUAAAGAUUGCGAUUCGAAAAAGGUGACAACUUGCAAGAGUGGUGAGUUUGGGUACUAUAAGCUCGAAGGGGUUGACCAUUUUAUGAUCAAGUACACCAGGGGAGAUGGGCCAAUUAAGCAAACCGAGUGCGAGACCAAAUGCAGCAAGGAUUGUAAGUGUGUGGGGUAUUUCUAUCAUACGGAUCGAUCGAGGUGUUGGAUCGCGUACGAUUUGAAAACAUUAACAAGAGUUGGGAACUCGACGAAUUUGGCCUACAUCAAAACACCCAAGUAGAUGGUGUUUGAAUCGCUCUACUUAGCAAUUCUGUUUUAUGUUCGAAGUUUAUGUUUG